UAAUUUUACAUAAUCGAUACUCCAGCCAAAAGGAUCGAUCCUCCGAUAAUCGCAAAAAGAUCUGCUGUCUCAUGGGAUUCAGUUGUGUUACCCUACCUGAAGGCACUUGAAUAUCGCUUCUCUUCCAAUAGUUGCAUGACUGUUGUCAUUCAUCACCUUCUCUGAUAUUAGAUCCCUUAUCGUAGAUAACUCGAUUCGAGACACGACACUCUAGAAGCUCAUACAGCGGAACCUUCGUUUAGCGUAAACAUGAGGGGUAUUUUAAGCUUGACUUUAGGUCUUCUUCUUGUUGUUGGUUCGUGGAGUUGUUCAUUACCACCUGGUACACGGUUCUACACCAUAACACAACGAGUUGUCCUUUCUCCUCUCGUCAUCCAUGGCACAGUUCUCAACAUUUCUACUUCAACGCGAACCAACGUUCUCUACAAGGCGUGCGUACRAGUAACUGAAAUUAUCAAGGGAAGGAAAAAUCUACCAAAGAUCGUAUGCUUUGGAAACUUUGGUCCAGAUUAUCUGUGCAAGACCGACGUCUACGACAGAACCGAAUACAUCUUCUUCUUAGACGAUGAUAAUGAUUUGAAAGCGAGGUACGAGCCCCUGGCUUUUCCCUUAGCAGCAGCCACCGCGAAUCCUCAAACACUGGUCAUGGCAAGGCGAGGAGUCUGUGACCCCAACGCUGGACCACCAUCAACAUGUGUGCUUCCUAGAGUCAAGCCUGCAGGAUUAAAUGCAAUCAAACGCAUCAAGGAAGGGCAAUCAUUGAUAGUACCAUGUGCACUCAGUAGCGGUACAGAACCUUUAGUCAUCAAAUGGACCAAAAGAGGCUCAAAUUACCCUCUUCGGACAUUCGGCAACUCGUUGCAGAUAUUGAGCGCUACUAUAAGUGAUAUGGGUACCUACGUUUGCACAAUAUCCAAUCCUGCUGGUCAAGUGUCGGAGAAAGUCACAGUGUUUGUAGCUCCAGAACGUUGUGGUGCUCUGAUUGCAUUUAAACCAAAUGAAAAUGCAACAAUCAAAAGCCCGAAGUACCCACAAACAUAUCCAGGAGACAAGAUGUGUUCGUGGAGGAUCUGCCCGGCUUCAGGACAAAGGAUUGGGCUGAAUUUUAAAGCCUUCAAUUUGCUGCCUGGUGACAGCGUAGAAAUUUACCACGAGUGCGAUCCAAACGGUGGUGGAAGGCUCAAAUACUGCUCCAACACAUCGCCUGGUAAAAUUGUAUCUCGAUGUACAUCAAGUUGCAUUCAAUUUUGGCUCAUCAGUAGAACUAAGCGAAACAAUGGAGCCACUGGUUUUCUUGCCGAUGUCUCAUCCACAAAUGAAGGAACUACAAUAUAUGAUUAUGGAAAACUUUAUUGUGACAAUCCCAUUUUGAUCAGAUUUAUUCCAAAGAUCGUAUAUGCCGGUAGAGUAGAAGGAGAGGUGUUGUUUAACUACAAGCAAGGGAGCCCGAACAAAGGACAGCAAAUUACCAUAGAAAUCGAGUACAAGUUCAGAGUUGAUUUGUUCGGCUGCUCCAAUCAGAUGGAAGAGGACAAGGAGUACUACGUGGGUGCUUCAGUAGCCACUUCUAAUUAUUACACCAUGAGGUUCUUCAUGUUGACCGACUCCAACAAGAAACCAAUCAUGUUUGAUAAGUAUCUGAAUGAGCACAAAGAUAAUCCACCGGCUUGUCGUCCGACUACGAAGUGAUUAGCCCCAUACCGACCGGGCCACCAAGACUACCUACUAUAUGACCUCUUAUACUCUGAGACGGAGAGAGACAGAGAGAGACAGAGAGACACAGAGAGAGACAGAGAGAGAGGGGGGGAGGGAGAGAGAGAGAGAGAGGUGGGGAGGGAGGACGAGAAAUCUCUCUAACCCUCCCGACCCCUCCGACUAAAUACUUCAUAUCUCAUAAGAGAUAACGUCAAAACAAAUGUGAUCUUUAAGGACAAAUAGAACAAAACUUUCUUGUCUUUCUUUCUUUCUUUCUUCGCGUUUCGACAUCAUUCAGUAGAGUAUACUGUAUACUGCAUUCUGAUAAUACUAGUGAGGUGCGAUAGUACAGAAUAUGCACAAUAUACAAUAGAGGUCUAUUUUACUA